AUGGACAGGCUGCUCCUGCUAAGGAGGCUGCUCUGGUGUGUGACCAGCAUCCUCAUGCUCUCUGGCACAGGACACACAGCUGAAGAGGUGCUAACACCUGGGAACAUUCAUGCAGCCAGGGACAACAAUUUGACCUUGCACUGCUACCUGGCACUGUUCAAUGCUAUAGUCUCCUUGGUGAGCUGGAACCGCUGCAACAGGGUUGACCUGGUGGUCUACCUGAACAAAAGCAUGGCCAGCAUCUCCCCAGCAUUCAUGGAAAAGAUCUCUCUGGCAGCAGAUUAUGGGAUAACGCUCCACUUGCUAGGACUCAAUGACACUGGUGAUUACUGCUGUAAAUUCCACACCUUCCCUUUUGGGGUAUAUGAAGGCAGGAUGUUCCUGGAAGGGACAGGUGCCUAUUGA